CCCUGUCAAGCCAGGAUCCAACCUUCUCCUCCCUUCCCUGAGUCCUGUCCUUGUAGGUUGGCCAUGCCUGCUGCCCUGCUGGGCCACCGUCCUGGAAAAGCCUGGUGAGAAUCUGGGCUGGGGUUGAGUCAGGUAUCUGCAGAAUUGAUUCAGUGGGUCUUCAACCCCAGAGAUCACCCUGCAGGUCUCAUGACAUUCUUGGAAAAUAAAAGAAGUGGCUAUUACAGGGCUGAAGUUAUCAGAUACUCCCCAUUACUCCUGUGCUGCAAGGAGCUGGGGCCAUUAAAGGCUGGACCAGACCACUCGCUUCUCUGCACAUGGGUCCCACUCCUUCCUGCUCACCAAGGUCCCAGGCUGCGCAACAGGACUUCAUCCAGGAGGCCACUUACAGGGUUCAGACAUGAUUCAGAGCCCAGCACCUCGGACUCGCGGUCAUCCCCCACGCUGUUCCUCUCCUCAGAGGAGCCAGGCCCCUGCACAGCCACUCAGCCCGUGUCACCUGUGUCCCCCUGCAAGCCGGCUCCAUCCCCUCCGGGUCUUCCUGUCCCUGCUGGGUGCAGCCCCCCCGCUCCCAUCACAGGCCUGGGCUUGGGGGUCACCUCCUCACCGGACGCCACUCCCAGGGCCCCAGGGAACGAGAACCCGGAGAAGGACCCUGGUGUCCAGGACCCCUUCUUAGGGCCCAAUGUCGGGGACCUCCUGGCUGAGCUGCGGACCAUGAACAGCCACCUAGGUGUCAUUGCAAGGGCGCUCACCAAGCUGGCCUCGGCUCUGGGGCCACAGCCCCCAGUGGACACCCAGGAUGCAAAUUGACAGACCUGGGAGCAGGGACCAGGUGUCCAGUCCUGGGGUCAGGUCACCCCCAGAAGGAGCAGACUGGAUGUGAAGCGGCUGGAGUCCCUGGACCUUCUGCAAAGACGGCGCUGCUCAGGGAACCCCCCUGGGCUCUCCAGCCCUUCAAAUGCCCUCAUCUCCUUUGCUUUCCUGGCACAAACAGCUUAUGAAGAGGCAGCGAUAGUGGGGGCCCCCGGGAAGGAGGCCUGGAGAACCAACCUUCCCUACCUGCUCUAGUGACUUUGGUUCCUGUAGGAGAGGAAGAGGACAGCACAUCACCAAGGCAGGAGUUCAUUGCAGUCCCAGCUUCCCCUUCGUGAGAUGCUGAGAGGGAGCCACCCUGGAUGACUCUGUGUUUCUUCUUAAAUAUUUCUUUGGAAAAAAAUGUAUUUUUUUUUUCUCUUGUUAUCACCACAUCUCAAGAAGUUUGGACAAUCGAGAAGUGAAAACAAAUCUAAUGCAUUUGGAAAAGUAUGU